GCAGGAUUUAGAUGCAUCUCAUCUGGGGGCAUGACCGCACUAUGACAAAGCGUGGCUCGUGUGGAGUGGCUCUGCUUCUAGGAAAUGACUCAACCAGGAGGUGCUUCCCCACACGGUGGUCUGGCCUGAUGUGGAACACCGGGAGCGACUUUAUGGCCCGAAGCCGCCUCAAGUAACCAGUCCAGCCGCCAUAGAGCAUCCCAGCAGUCCGUUUGUGAUGGAUGGAAGCGGCGCGCGGGGAUGGAACGAGGAGGCGCAUGAUCUUUGCAAACGCUUGACACAUCAGUGUUGACAAAACAAGUCAUGUGACGACCAUGAAGAUGGCGCAGCUUAUGUUAUGUUGCAGUUUUCUCAGUAUUUUCUCGCACCAUCUCGGACCGCUGAGGAAACCCGCGACGUUUUACCUCCUCUAAUUACCCUGACUGAUGCUUCAUGCCGUCCGGGUGGGAUCUGGUGGAGCUCUGCGCGACUGACUCAGGAGGGGAAACGGGGAGAAACAAGAUUAUACCAAGGACAUGAAAUAGAGAAGCUUGGAAAGGCAGAAACCCUGUUUCAGCGGCAAUAACUCGUUUUUUUAGAGAGGAGAAAUCCGCUCCCCGUGCGUGCGCGCUCCUGCGUGUGUAUGUGUGCGUUAGGUGGACAGAGAGACUGCAUCAGACUGGAGACACACGCCGGGGGACAUAACGGAGCAGAGAUACUUGAUGCCCCCCCUUUUCCCUUCCCGCACACGCACGUCGGGAUACAGAUUUCGGUGGGAACAUGUAGAUCAUUUGCAGACUUCAGUUGUCUCGCGCGCGUAUUUUUUUUAGCAUCAUCAUCAAUAGCGACAUAAUGUGGCCGGCUCUACCGGAAGGGAAAUAACCAAAUAUGUGGAUACCAACAGAAGAGGAGAAGAUCGGCGUUGUCAUCUGCAACUUCCGGUCGCCAGUUUGUCAGGCGCUGGUCCUGGAGAUCGGAGAAACUGUACAGAUACUGGAGAAAUAUGAAGGUUGGUACCGAGGCUUUUCCACCAAGAAGCCAUCUGUGAAGGGUAUUUUUCCUGUCAGCUAUGUCCACUUGAAGAAAUCUACAGUGACAAACAGAGGUUUGUGUGAGACAGUGGUACCUCUGGAGGACCCUAUCAUCACGGAGACCACCUCCACGCUGCAGGAAUGGGGCGUCCUGUGGAAGCAGCUCUAUGUGAAACACAAGGUGGAUUUGUUUCACAAACUCCGCCACGUGAUGAACGAGCUCAUCGACCUGCGCCGGCAGCUGAUCCAAGGCCACCUCUCUCAGGACCAGACUCGUGAGAUCAAGCGGCACAUCACCGUGCGACUUGACUGGGGCAACGAGCACCUUGGCCUGGACCUUGUUCCCAGAAAAGAGUUUGAAAUGGUGGAUCCAGAUCAGAUCAGUGUAUCGGAGCUAUACAAACUGCACGUAUCCAGCAGACACUGUGGUCAGCAAAGCACAAACCAGGGUGAUAGCAUCAGACAACGCCAUGGCGAUGGUUGCCGUGUCCCAGUGUCGCACCACCUCUUCAUCAACCUGAAGAGCUUUACUUACAACAGCAUCAGUGAAGAUGCAGAUGUCUUCUUCUCUCUGUACGACACACGCGAGGCCAAACAGAUCAGUGAGAAGUUCAUGGUGAAACUGAACAAAAAUGGAGGACCAAAGAAUCCAGAGAAAGUUGAUCGUCUGUGUGCUCUCUUCACGGACUUGAGCAGUAAGGACUUGAAAAGAGACCUGUAUAUUGUUGCACAAGUCAUCAGAACUGGUCGGAUGCUGCUGAACGACUCGAAGAAAGGCCCGCCUCACGUUCAGUACAGACGACCUUAUGGAUGCGCUGUACUCGCCAUGAGCGAUGUUUUUCACACUAUCACGGACCUCAAGGAGGAGAAGGACUUUGUUCUCAAAGUUUACACAUGUAACAAUGAGAACGAGUGGUACCAGGUUCAUGAGAACAUCAUCCGCAAGUCCAACACCAAGUACUCCGCCCCCAGCACCAACUAUGGCCUCAUCAUUUCUCUCCAGCUGCUGAGAGGAGAGCUGGAGCAGAUCAGACGGGAGAACCAGGCCGUGUUCAACAGGGCCCUGGCACUCACACGCAAGCUGGGUUUCCCAGAUGUCAUCCUGCCAGGUGACACACGCAAUGACCUGUACCUGACUCUGGAGCGUGGAGAGUUUGAGAGGGGUGGCAAGAGCGUCCAGAAGAACAUCGAAGUCACACUCUAUGUGCUGUAUGCCGAUGGGGACACACUCAAGGACUGCAUCAGUUUGGGCACCGGAGAGCCCAACUCCACAGAGUACCGCUCCUUCGUCCUGUACCACAACAACAGUCCUCGCUGGAGUGAGAUGGUCAAGCUGCCCAUUCCCAUCGACCGUUUCAGAGGGUCCCAUCUACGUUUUGAGUUUAGACACUGCUCCACUAAAGACAAAGGGGAGAAAAAACUUUUUGGAUAUGCCUUCACCCCUUUGAUGAGAGAGGACGGGACCACACUCUCAGAUGAGAUCCACGAGCUUUAUGUGUACAAGUGUGAUGAAAAUGCCACCUUCAGUAACCAGGGUCUGUAUCUGAGCCUUCCCUGCUGUAAGGAGGACUUCAACAGCUGCCCCAACCUGCCCGCCAACCUGCCUUUCCAGAGGAGUCCUAAAGAAACCUUCUGGGUCUCCACGAUACUCUGCUCCACAAAACUUACACAAAACGUUGAUCUUCUGGCUCUUCUGAACUGGAAGGCCCAUCCAGACAGGGUGUUGGACAUCCUAGGCCGACUUCGUCAAAUCAGCGGAGAGGAGAUCGUAAAGUUCCUGAGAGAUGUCCUGGAUACGCUUUUCUGUCUUUUAGAUGAAAACACGGAUAAAUAUGGACCACUGGUUUUCCAGUCUCUGGUGUUCAUCAUUAACCUGCUCAGGGACAGCCGCUUCUACCACUUCAGACCUGUCAUGGACUCCUACAUCCAGAACCACUUUGCUGGAGCGUUAGCGUACAAAGAACUGAUUCGAUGUCUGAAGUGGUACAUGGACCGCUCAGCUGAGGUCGUCCGGCAGGAUCACAUCCAGGAAGCCAUGAGGGCGUUGGAGUAUCUAUUCAAGUUCAUCGUCCAGUCUCGCAUCCUGUACGCGAGAGCCACCUGCGGGAUGGAGGAGGAGCAGUUCAUAGCCAGCAUCCAGGAGCUUUUCCAGUCCAUCCGCUUCGUCCUGAGUUUAGACAGUCGCAGCUCAGAGAACCUGGUGUUCACACAGGCGGCGCUGUUGAACAGCUUUCCAGAUAUCUUUGACGAGCUUCUGCAGAUGUUCACCGUUCAGGAGGUAGCUGAGUAUGUCAGGGGCACCCUGGGGAGCAUGCCCAGCACAGUGGACAUAGGUCAGUCCAUGGAUGUGGUCAAACUGCAAUCCAUCGCUCGAACAGUGGAGAGCCGCCUCUUCUUUUUCCCCGAGUCUCGUAGUAUUUUGCUGCCGGUUGUUCUGCAUCACAUCCAUCUGCAUCUUCGCCAGCAGAGGGAGCUGCUCAUUUGUUCUGGGAUCCUGGGAAGCAUCUUUUCCAUAAUUAAAACAAGCUCAAUGGAGUCUUCUGUUCAGGAGGAGGUGGAAAUGAUGGUGGAGAGCUUACUGGAUGUGCUGCUGCAGACUCUGCUGUCCAUCAUGAGCAAAUCUCAUUCUGUGGAGACGUCCAGAGGACAACGCUGUCCCCAGUGCACUGCAGAGAUAACGGGGGAGUAUGUUUCCUGCCUUCUCUCUCUGCUCCGACAAAUGUCAGAGAUCCACUUUCACCAUCUACUCAACAGCUUCCACAGCAAGGAGGAGCUGAAGGAGUUCCUGCUGAAGAUUUUCUGCGUAUUUCGCAAUCUAAUGAAGCUGACCAUCUUUCCCCGGGACUGGAGCGUCAUGCGGCUUCUGACUAGUCACAUCAUUGUUGUGACGACACAGUUUCUGUCUCCGGCGUUGCACAAGAACUUCUCCGAGGGAGAUUUUGAUUUUAAAGUGUGGAACUCCUUCUUCAGCCUUGCUGUCCUCUACAUCAAUCAGCCCAGUCUGCAGCUGGAAGCACUUGUUUCUGCUAAAAGAAAGAAAACUCUUGACAAACAUGGUGAUAUGAGAGUAAUCAUGGCGUACGAGCUCUUCAGCAUGUGGCAAAAGCUAGGUGACAACAAGCCCCACUUUAUCCCAGGAAUGAUGGGACCCUUCCUUGGUGUCACCUUGGUGCCUCAGACUGAAGUUCGGAAUAUCAUGAUCCCGAUCUUUCACGACAUGAUGGACUGGGAACAAAGGAAAAAUGGAAAUUUCAAACAGGUGGAGGCGGAGCUGAUGGAUAAGCUGGACAGCAUGGUGUCAGAUGGGAAAGGCGAUGAUAACCACAGAGAGCUCUUCAGCCUGCUAACCCAACUGUUUGGUCCUUACCCAAGCUUGUUGGAGAAGAUUGAACAGGAGACCUGGAGGGAAACUGGAAUAUCCUUUGUCACCUCAGUCACAAGACUUGUUGAGCGGAUACUUGAUUACAGGGAUUGCAUGAAAGGGGAUGAGAUGGAGAGCAAGAAAACUGCUGGUUCUGUCAACCUCAUGAACUUCUACAAGUCAGAGGUGAACAAGGAGGACAUGUACAUCCGUUACAUCCACAAACUGUGUGACCUGCAUCUCCAGGCAGAAGACUUUACAGAGGCAGCGUUCACCCUGCUGCUGUACUGGGAGCUGCUGCAGUGGGAGGACCGGCCUCUGAGGGAUUUCCUCCACUACCCCUGUCAGAGUGAGUGGCAGCGCAAGGAAAACCUGAGUCGGAAAAUCCUCCACUACUUCAACAAGGGGAAGUGUUGGGAAUACGGGAUCUCUCUGUGCCGGGAGCUGGCGUUCCAAUAUGAGACUUUAUAUGAUUAUCAGAGUCUCAGCUGGAUACGGAAAAUGGAGGCAGCCUAUUAUGACAACAUCAUCGAACAACAGAGGAUUGAACCCGAGUUCUUCAGAAUGGGCUUCUACGGCAGGAAGUUUCCGUUCUUCCUUAGGAACAAAGAGUUUGUCUGCCGUGGUUACGACUAUGAGCGGCUUGAAGACUUCCAGCAAAGGAUGCUGGGGGAAUUUCCUCAAGCCAUUGCCAUGCAGCACACCAACCAACCAGAUGACACCAUCCUGCAGAGUGACGCACAGUACCUGCAGAUCUACGCCGUGACUCCGGUAUCAGACAUCUCCGACGUGCCUCAGUUGGAGCGCGUGCCUGAGAGGAUCAAAAGUUUCUACCGCAUUAACAACGUCAGCCGCUUCCACUACGACAGGCCUUUUCACAAGGGGCCCAAAGACCGAGAGAACGAGUUCAGGAGUCUGUGGAUCGAGAGGACAACUCUGAUCCUGUCCCGACCUCUCCCUGGGAUCGCUCGCUGGGCAGAGGUGGAGAGGAGAGAAGUGGUGGAGGUGAGCCCUCUUGAGAAUGCUAUUUAUGUGGUGGAGAAUAAGACCCAGGAGCUGCGGACUUUGAUCAGCCAGUAUCAACACAGGCAGCAUCAUGGCAACAUCAACCCCCUCAGCAUGUGCCUCAAUGGCGUCAUCGAUGCUGCUGUUAAUGGAGGCAUCGCCAGAUAUCAGGAGGCCUUUUUUGAUAAGGACUACAUCAGCAGUCAUCCAGAGGACACGGAGAGGAUCACACAUCUGAAGGAUCUGAUGCAGGAGCAGGUGCACAUUCUGGGAGUGGGACUGGCUGUUCACGAGAAACUGGUGCACCCCGAAAUGCGUCCCCUGCACAAAAAGCUUGUUGAUCAGUUCCACGUGAUGAGGACGGGUUUGCACCAUUAUUUGGUUGGGUCCCAGCAGUGUGUGCCCAGCAUGGAUCGGUUCGGCCCGGCUGGCUGCAUUGGGGUCAACUCACCCAGAGGAAUCCUCUCCUCUCACAACCACAUGAGCCCUGAGAGUGUGCGCAUCAUACACAGACACAGCCCUCUGAACCUGCAAGGUUCGAUCCGCCACUCCUCUUCCUCCCUGUCGUCUCACACGUCGAGCGAAGCUGGAAACCUGGUCAUCAUGACCGACGGUCUGAUGGGGGAACACCCUGAGGAGGCGUUACACAUGCAGCCAAGCCCCUCUUCCUCCAGUUUGAGCUCAAUCCGCUCUAACUCCUCUCAGAUUAUCAACUCAGCUCCGUCAAGUGCCAGAGGCUCUCCGUCUCUGCCUGAUAAGGCCAAACAUAACCGAGAAGUGAUGAUGCUUUUGCCGUCUCACCGCGAGAGGGCCAACAACAACAUGUACUACAAUGUGGCCGAGAACGGACAGAAUAACCACAUGCAGCGUGCCUUACUUCAGCAAGUCAGCCCCUGUAAGCCUUGCACUGAUGCUCACGUGAAUCUACCAGAGAAAGUCUUUCCCAAUGCUUCCAGCAGCUGGAGUCUGGACGGAGACAACCGGGAGCAGGUGUCCUACCUGCCGUCUUCUACUGGAGGAGUCAUCAUGCCUCCUGCCCCACCCAGGUCCUUCCCAUCGGGACACUUUAUGAUGCAUUGUGAUGCAUUUCACCAUCAGAACAGCGACCCUCCUCCUGCCCUGCCUGUUCGAUCUCUUCGAAAGUCUCCUCUCCACCCGAUCCCCGGCUCUCCCACCAGUCCUCAGUCAGCUUUAGGAGGCAGCAACUCCACCCUGUCAGGCAGCGCCAGCAGCGGCGUUUCCUCCAUGAGUGAGAGUAACUUUGGAGGUCAGUACCCCGACCCCGGACCCAUCAGAAACGACGCCUUGGAGCCUCUUCCCAGUCACCUGUGGUCCCCCCCUGAAGAGUACCUGACCUCCCCCUACCUGCACAUGCACUACGGUGGGACAGAAAUCGACUCCAUGGACCCAGUUCGACCCUUCCAUUACCGCAACCCUGCGUCUCACCCUCACACCCACCCACACACUCACCCUCAUGCUCACACCCACUCUGGGCUUGAAAUCCACUCUCAUGGUCCGCCCCCCCACCACCACAUUCCCACUCACGGCCCUCAUCACAUCCCUUACCGCAGGCCACAGCCUCCAGCCGUGCCCCCCAAACCCUACCUGAGAGAGGGCUGCAUCCCUGAGGAGGACCUGCAGCCUCAGCCCAUCCCGCUGCCCCGUAGGAUCUUCCACUCCCCUCACGGCCACAGGGAGGACCCGAGCAAACACGCCUGGGAGCAGUGCAUCAGCGAGGAGCAUGAGGAGAAUCAGUGACGGGAUGACUCCGGCCUCACUUCAGUCUGAGCUCAACUUUUCCCCCCUCAUUUGCACUGAGUUAGGAGCGCAUGUGAAGCAGCGGUGACCCUUCCUGUUGUGUGUUUGGUUGUCAGUGCACAUGAAGGAAAGAAAAUGGGGUGGACCUCCACAAAGCUUCAGCUGGAGGCACAGCCCACCCUCACAGCUCCACACGGCUUUUUUAGAUGUGAUCACAAAUAAAAUAUCCAUCGAACAAUAAGACAAACUGAUCCAAAAUCGAUAUUGAUUGUACACGACUGUACAACUCGUCUGUGAGCAUGUUUUUUUGUUUGUUUGAGAGUAAUAUGACAACAGUUUUGUGGAACAGUAGAACCAUGAUCAUAGCCAACGUGAUCCCAGAAGCGCUCUGAACUCUCUUCUUUUGCUUUUCAUGUUUUCACAACAAAGAAACUACAGAAGGUUGUUACUCACAGUGAAGUGACUUCUCUUGUUGAAAUGCUUCAUAUAUAUGAAUAAUUAUUUUGAUAAAUUUGCUACAUUCUAGUGUAUUCAAAGGCUUGAGCCCAUUAUGUUUUUCAAAAACACUGUUAAGUGCUCCUUAAUGGUGAACCAUAUCAAAUGGUAUUGCUGCUGGGCUGUCACUAACCAUAGGUCUGUAAGGUCCAACCUGCAGCUCUCUUCUUGGACAUGAAAGUCCCUAUUUCCCAUCCGCACCAUGCGUUUGGACACCUACGUGAAUGUAUUCAGAUGAGAUGUUCUACUUGUGCUGCACAAGCUGCUUUCCCAGGUUCUUUCUUUGGUUUUUGAAUUUGUUGAAGUGCUUUACAGUCUCCAUCUGUCUGGUUUGUGUGGUGAGGAUAAACUCAAGACGAACGAGCGCAGAACUGGAGCGGAGGGGGGGCUGAAGAUGAUAACUAACAUGUCGCAAAACCUGUCAGCUUUCAUUUUCACGGUGAAUAAAGAACAACAAAAAAGUAAAAAGCAUCGUUCACUUCACGCCUCAGCUCUACUGCUGGACUCUCAGAACCAACGCCACUCCCUCCUCCCGUCUGCCUCCAUUUGUUUUCCUUCUCUGUGUGGCUUCAGGUUCAGCGACGAGGACCUGACCUGGACAGCUGGGCCCACACAGACAGGGUUGGAUUCGCCUUCCUGCCUUAAGUGCACUCAAAUGCAGUUUGACCUCUCAUCUGGACUCUCAUUCAGAAACAGCCAUUUUCUCUGUCCACACACACACGCACGCACGCACGCACGCACGCACGCACGCACGCACGCACGCACGCACGCACACACACACACACACACACACACACACACACACACAAGUAUCUACCUAACAAGGAUGUUUGUAUGGUUUCAUCCUGCUUUGGUUUCAAACCCGGUGUUUGUUUUUGUAGCGCUGAUGCUUCUGACUCUUUCUCGUUCACCUUCAGUUGUUUGAAGCUGAUGAUGUUUCAGGAGAACGUGGAACAGACCGACAGCUCUCCUUUUUAUUUCGAUGAGUAGAAAAAAAGCGCUGUUUAUCGUCCUGUUGUCGGUUGGAAGGAUAUAGCUAAUACUUUCACAAAUCCCUGUUUUCCCGGUUGUUUUUCUUCUUUUGCAGGUGGCUGCUCUGUGUUGCUGUACAUCAAGUUGUCAGCUGACUAGACAAGAUCUAUUUUUGUAUGUGAGAUCAUGAGAUGUGUGUGUAUUGAAGGCCCAGGCACUGCGUAGGCUGCUGUACCUUGUAUGGAGUCGAGGUUAGUAGAUAAACAGUGUGUGAGUAUCUCUCACGAGCUAGAGGACAACCGGCGACUGAAGCGAUACUCAAACUAUAAGUACAAUAGAAUUUUUCAAUGUAAAUUCUGUUAUUGUACAUACAGCAGUAUUGUGAAAUAUUUUUGAGAAUUAUUGCAGAAGCCCUUACAAAAAGGUUUAUUGUUGUUUUGUGUAUAUACAUGUACCCAAGAGAUCAAUGUAAUUGAUAAAUAUCUAUAAUCAGUGUUUGGGAAACAACAAAUUCACUAGACUUUUGGCUGUCUCCACCAUUCUUCUCAUACAAAUACUUUAUACACUUUUCAAUGUGCUUUCCUGUACAUAUGGUGUUAGCAUGAUCAAAAAGUGGUUGUAAAAGUGGUUUUCCUACUCCCAUAAAUGCUGUGGUAUGGAGUUCAUCAACAAUGCCAAACAUUAAAGACAAUCUUUUAUCAGCUCCA